UCCCCUAUGUCCGCUGAACUUGCAUGUUGAAAAAAUACAGUUCAAUAUUACUGUAGUACAGAAUAAUACUACUCGAGGGUUCUGUACGGAAGGAUUUUCCUGCCGUACACCCAAACUUGGUGACUUGGACUGUCACGGUCAUCAUCGAUACCACUUCGGAUUUUCACUGGCUUUUCAGCGAUACCAGAACCCGAAACACUUUUUAGGAUUCAGGGAGACGUGCAUCGAGUUGAGAAUGAGGGGAAUUGAGGGCGAAAGAUGCCAGAAGUAACAAACCGAUACAGCGACAUGAUGGCAUGAGUGACCAAAUCCCAGAAGAUCACUGUACGACAACUCAGAAGUCUCAAAUCCGUCCGAUGUCUAUUCAGAAAUUCAAUCUGUAACUUACGGAUCAUGUUCAGAAGAGAUCCAGGUGCUUCGGGCUGUCUGCUGUGAACCAUAACCUAUUCAGCUCGUUCAAGCUAUACGAUCGGGCAGGUGGCGGAUUAUUCCUGUAGAUAUCAGUUUGAGAAGAGGAACUUACCACUGCAAUGGGGGGUUGACCAGGGUAUCUUUCAUAGAUCUGCAAACUAUUGUUGAAGUUUCGACGCUGCUGGAGUAGCCGGUCACGAAUCGAUACCAACCAUUUGUUUCGGUCCCUGAUGCUUAAAUACAAAGGAGGUUAGGGUGAAUUCGUGUACGUGUAAUCUUUAUGGACUGGGCGAAUAGGCUGCUAUGAGAAAUUAACAGCUAUAAAGGUGAGGUUGAGGCGGGUGGUGCUGUCAAUGAUAUGCGCUUGGACGACAGGAAGAACGGAUUAAUUAAUGUUCUCCAUUCCAUAGUCAUGCCUCGACGGUUCCACACUUCGGAGAGUUGCCCACCGACAUCAACGACUUGAAUCGUACGCUGAGGGAUCGGACACAAUCGACAGUCACGGACGAACAUUGUAGGAUAACUAUCGCAUCAUAGAACAUAUCUCACACCUCAAGACCCUCCAUUCCACGUCCUGGUUGUCGUCAUCUACGACUCAGCCACCGUUAUCGAAGGUGGUGCACAUGGCCAACUCGCCAAGAAGCACAAGUCUCGUGGAUAUUCCUGUACCUGGCGUUCAGAGAGCACCCCUUUUCGGUGGAGAUGUAGUAAGAUUGAAGGAGCUUUUCGCGGAGUUUGAGGAGUUGGCAAACGGUUGUAGAUGGACGUGUUACCACUCAUCUCCAUUAAGACGAUUCAUUCAAUCACCUUUGAGUUUCGGUCCCUUCGGCGGUUAUUCGAUGCGGACUAUGGACAAGCAAUAACGAUGGACCUGCGGUCUUUUUUCGAAGAAAUAGGAGGUUCAAGUGAUAUUCUGGCAUCUCGGGCAAUAUCAAGGAAUUGUUGGAUAACGCUCGGAAUAGUUUUUCCGCGGAUUUGAACGAAUUAUAGAACGAAUUCUUUCUCUUGCUUGGUUCAUACGGUGGCGAAUGCAUGCAUUCCUACAAUGAUAUACACGGUAACACCGGGGCAACCAUCUAAAGCUCUGCAUAGAGGGCAAUACGGGCCCUCUCAAUAUUUGUGAAAAGCAACCACGAAUAUAACGA